CCCGCCCCGCUGUCGCCCGCCUGCAGGUGAAGCGGCCGCAGCCGCCGAGUAGGUGCGUGGGGAUGAUCUCACUCGCGCGCUCCGCGCCAGGAGGAGGAGGAGCGGGAGCGAAUCCAACUUCCGGGUAGUGAAGCCGCACGCCACCGGCAUCUUGCUUUUUCUUCCUCCUCCCCCCCGCGUACCCCUCUCCUCUCCCUCCUUUCCUUUUAUUCCCGGCCCCACCCACCAAAAUGAACAGCUCGGACGAGGAGAAGCAGCUGCAGCUCAUCACCAGUCUGAAGGAGCAAGCAAUAGGCGAAUAUGAAGACCUUAGAGCAGAGAACCAGAAAACAAAGGAGAAGUGUGACAAAAUUAGGCAAGAACGAGAUGAAGCUGUUAAAAAACUGGAGGAAUUUCAGAAAAUUUCUCACAUGGUUAUAGAGGAAGUUAAUUUCAUGCAGAACCAUCUUGAAAUAGAGAAGACUUGUCGAGAAAGUGCUGAAGCUCUGGCAACAAAGCUAAAUAAAGAAAAUAAAACAUUGAAAAGAAUCAGCAUGUUAUACAUGGCCAAGCUGGGACCAGAUGUAAUAACUGAAGAGAUAAACAUUGACGACGAAGAUUCAACUACAGACACAGACGGUGCCACUGAGACUUGUGUCUCAGUACAGUGUCAGAAGCAAAUCAAAGAACUUCGAGAUCAAAUUGUAUCUGUUCAGGAGGAAAAGAAGACGUUAGCCAUUGAACUGGAAAAUCUCAAGAGCAAACUUGUAGAAGUCAUUGAAGAGGUAAAUAAAGUUAAACAAGAAAAUGCUGUGUUAAAUUCAGAAGUUCUUGAACAGAGAAAAGUCUUAGAAAAAUGCAAUAGAGUGUCCAUAUUAGCUGUAGAAGAGUAUGAGGAGAUGCAAGUAAACCUGGAGCUGGAGAAGGACCUCCGAAAGAAAGCAGAGUCAUUUGCACAAGAGAUGUUCAUUGAACAAAACAAGCUAAAGAGACAAAGUCACCUUCUGCUACAGAACUCUGUCCCUGACCAGCAGCUUUUGAAAGCUUUAGAUGAAAAUGCAAAACUCAUCCAGCUCCUUGAAGAAGAGAGAAUUCAGCAUCAGCAAAAGGUCAAAGAAUUAGAAGAGCAACUAGAAAAUGAAACACUCCACAAAGAGAUGCACAGCCUCAAACAGCAACUGGAGCUUCUAGAAGAAGAUAAAAAGGAAUUGGAAUUGAAAUACCAGAAUUCUGAGGAGAAAGCCAGAAAUUUAAAGCACUCAGGUAAAAGCACUGAAUCCCUCAUGUCCAUGAUCCGGAAACGAUCCCACCCCAGUGGCAGUGGUGCUAAGAAAGAAAAGGCAGCUCAACCAGAAACAACUGAAGAAGUCACGGAUCUAAAGAGGCAAGCAGUUGAAGAGAUGAUGGAUAGAAUUAAAAAGGGAGUUCAUCUCAGACCGGUUAAUCAGACAGCCAGACCGAAGGCAAAGCCAGAAUCUUCAAAAGCCUCUGAAAGUGCAGUGAAUGAACUAAAAGGAAUACUGGGGACACUUAACAAAUCCACUAGUUCAAGAAGCUUAAAAUCCCUUGACCCUGAAAACAGUGAAACUGAGUUAGAAAGGAUUUUGCGUCGCAGAAAGGUGACAGCAGAAGCAGAUAGCAGUAGUCCAACCGGGAUAUUAGCCACCUCAGAGUCCAAAUCCAUGCCAGUGUUGGGUUCUGUAUCCAGUGUAACAAAAACAGCCUUGAACAAGAAAACUCUGGAGGCAGAAUUCAACAGCCCGUCCCCCCCAACACCUGAGCCAGGUGAAGGGUCCCGUAAAUUGGAAGGAUGCACAAGUUCCAAGGUUACAUUUCAGCCUCCCAGUAGCAUCGGAUGCAGGAGAGAAUACAUUGGCGGUGAAAAACAAGCUGAACCAGUUGUAGUUUUAGAUCCUGUUUCCACAUAUGAACCCCAAACCAAAGACCAGGUCAUUGAAAAAGAUCCAACUCAACACAAGGAAGAUGAAGGCGAAAUUAAACCAGAAUACAAAGAAGACAGCGUUGAAAAAAUGAGAGAGACAGACAGUUCCAACUGCUGAUGUGUAAACCAGAAGGCUGACAGUUUGGAAGUCCUUCUCAAUAAGCACGUGAUAAGUUUUGAUGUAUUGGCAAGGGCUAUAGACAUUCUGUUCUGGUCACUGCAUUCAGAAUACAGGUUCUUUUCUCGUGUCACUUUUGUAAGUAGCAACUAUAAACAUAAAUAAGCUGUUUAGCAAAAUACACAUUCUGAGUAGUUUUGUUUUCUGAUCUUUAUAGGGAUAAGAUUUUUCCUAGUUACCGUAUUAAGUAUGGCUUCUUUUAGAAAGUUAUACAAAAUUCAGAUAAUUGAUGUCUUUUUAGGAAUGUGCAUACCACUCAUCAUAUGGAAUGCUGAAAGUUCGAGGUGCUCGUGAAUAAUUGGAUGAACAAAACUGACCAACCUAACAUGAUUUUAAAAGCCCCCAAAGAAGCUUCUGUUUUGAGUCUGAUCCUCUUUUGAUGAAGAAACUGCAGCAGCAUGGAAAUUGUUGGGUACUGUGGCAUACAAGUUAUUUUCUAGGGUAGACUGGGAUAAGCUUCAAACUCAGGAGCUGGCAUCAAACCGGUAGUCCCAUAGUCGAUAUUAAUUACACAGAUUGUUAACUAUCGGAUGAAAAAUACAUGCUAUUGAUUGUGUCCAAAGCCUCCCAAGAACCUCAGUGGGGAUGCUCUGGUGGCCUGAAUACAGAAUUGAGGUGAAAGUACAAACCUUGAGUUUAACAGUAAUAUCUUGGUAAACCAUGUGCUCUGUGCUAUGAGUUAAUUGUGUUUUCCCAUGUACUAAUGAGGCACAAGUACCAUAUUUUACACAGUUCUUAUGUACAGUGAAGAUAAGUGACAAGCACACAUUUUUCUUGCUUCACUGCUGUUCUGUAUUACACAGGUUUGUUUGUGUGUGUGUGUGUGUGUUUUUUUAAAGAAAUUAAGUGGUAGUUAGUCUCUAAAAAUACAGUGUUUCAGGCCACCACAGUGAAUAAAUAGAAAUAUAAUCAGGGAUUUUUUUUUAAAAAAAAAAAAAAAAAACUUAUGCAGCUUUUCAGAGUUGAUUGUUUCAAAAUUGGUGUUUAUUUAAAAUAAGUGGUAAUGUACUUGAAUGCACUUUUUAUGACAAUGAUUCAGUAAUGGUAAUUUUACUAUUAAAGAAAGUGAAAGGUUUAGUUUUGUUAGCAUGGCUCAGCAUGUAGCUGUCAGGUGUUUCUCACCUAAGGGCAAAAGAAAAUGAUAGUAAUAAUUGCAGUAGUUGUAUUGUAUUUUUGCACGUGUGCUAAGCAUAGGCUUGAAGAGGUUGGUAGGCAGGUAAAUGUACUUCCUAAAUUUGGAGGUAAUUAUCUUUCUGUAGGUUCGUUAUGCUUAACUAUUUCCAUGUUCUCCCGGUGGUGAUUUUACAGUUGACUCAUGGGGAAUUAAAAUGUAAUGUUUUUCAACUGUAUUUUUCCUUAACUGGAUAAUACUGCUAUAUGAUAUACUAGCUGCAGACUGCAUUAAUUCACUUAAACAAGUUCUGUUAUGCUGUGAUUUGAACUCUCCUCACCACAACUUAUUAAAAAAACACCAACAGUUUCACAU